CGUUUUUUCCCUUCAAACCAAGUAUCGCCGAUCCCACGGCAGGCCAGAAGCCACCAUCCUUUGCGCAUCUGAUAGAAGCAUGGUGGCUUGCGUCCGUGAAUCGCUAUUGGCCGUUUGCGGAUCAUGGAGCUAUCUAUGCGCACGAUGCAGCUCCGUCUGCCUCGGCGCUCUGAAGCGAGAGCUGCCGGCGGGCCUGACGUCUCGUCUGGGGGCGAAAGAGGGGAUGGUGUUGCUCCGAGAUGGCUCUACUCUGGCCCAGUCGGCAACAAGAUGCCGGCUGUGCGGCCUCAUCCAAGAGGCGCUUCUCUGCAGCCUCCAGACCGUUGUCAACAAGGACAAGGGCGACGCAGUAGCGGCGCUCUCGUUAGCCCGCGAUGCUGUCGUUCUCGAGCCAAAGGCAGACUCGCAAGGAUCAACGUUUCCUGAUCCGCCAACCGGGGGUUCGCACUUGACGGGGCUGAAUGUCACUGCAACCGAGUCAACUACUGGGCGGUUAUUGCAAGCCAAGAUCCGGCUCUACACACAUGGCCAGCACAAAGGCCCUCGCCACCGCCAUGAUAUCGUAGGCAGGCCUCAGUUGCAAGGACCAGCAAGUCCUGAGGCCUUUUCCUUAGUUGAACGAUGGCUGGGCGCUUGUAAAAGGGAUCAUCCAUGUUGCUGGGAAACUCUAUCGGGGGAGCUCUUAAACGAGUCCCAGCUACCAGAACUGCCGAGUAGGGUAAUCCAAGUUACCGGCAACAGUGUAAAACUAUUACCAUCAGGACGCCGGUGUGGAAGAUAUGCAACCUUGAGUCAUUGCUGGGGCUCUUCUGGGAGACAGCCGUUGAAGACAACCCGGGCGAAUCUCCAGGGCCAUCUCCAAGGUAUUCCUUGGGCAUCGAUUCCAAAGACUUUCCAAGAUGCAAUUACAGUUACUCGCAAUAUUGGUCUCGAAUAUGUUUGGAUUGACUCGCUUUGUAUCGUGCAAGAUGACCAUCAAGACUGGCUAAAGGAGUCGAAGCGCAUGGGCUCCAUAUACGAGCAGGCAGAGAUUACUAUCGCCGCUUCUCAUACUCCAGGUUGCUGGGAGGGAUUCUUUUUCGCUCGCCAUCCACCGCCUCCCUCUGUAGAGAUUCCCGGUUUCUUCUCCCACGAGACAGAUGCAUCUAGAGUACAAGUUUUCGCAACCAUCCGGCGGGAUACAGCCACCAACACCUUUCCCGAGUUCGGUGCGCUCAACAGUCGUGCAUGGGCUACUCAAGAAUGGCUUUUGUCUAGGCGCAUAAUCUUCUUUACCAAAGGAACCCUCAUUUGGUCUUGCAAGGCCAUUACCCAGCGUGAGACGGGAGAGCGGUGCUACAGUGUAUCGCGAAAUACGCGCUGGAAGAACAUCAUAGAACAGUACAGCGACCGCCAGUUGACUUUUCCAACGGAUAGACUAAUUGCACUGGAAGGCCUGCGAAGGGAGCUGGGAAAGAAAAUUGCAUGUGAAUAUGCCUUUGGGGUAUGGAAAGAGUCUCUUCCCAACCAGUUACUCUGGCAAGUGACCAAAAGGAUAGGGGGAGCUGCUAUUUCGGACCCUCUCAAGCUGCCAACGUGGACAUGGGCUCAUGUUCCAUCCGGAGUGCGGUUCUUGACGAUUGAUAGAGCCAAGAAUCUGUGUGACUCAAUUGCUUUCGGGGACGACGCAAGGCGCAUGAGUCUUCAGGUGCGAGCAAAGCGUCUUUCUAACCUGACAACAACCUUGGACUUUGGACAAGGUGACGCUGUUACUGAAGCCAUCUAUGUGGAUAUGAUAUCGUCUCACGCCAAGGCAACCAAGUCCAUGGCUCAUUUUAUAUUGGACCAGGGUGACUCUCCCAUAGGAUGGGUCGUCUUUGACCUUGCAGCGGAAGAUACGACUUCUGAGCCGAUUCUAUGUCUUGCUCUUAUGGGUAGCAUUGGACGGCGAGAAGAGCAAGCUGAGAGACGCACUGGCAAGGUCGUUUCAAAGAAGCUUCGACAUUAUUGGGUGCUGCUGGUGCGGCAGCGGAAUGACGGCCGGUACUACAGAAUUGGGAUUGGGAAGACAUAUGGAUCAAAGUGGUGGCAAGACGCUGACAUUAAGACUUUGGAACUGGUUUGAAGAAGAAUUGGUCAACGUGAGGGUUUGGCUAAAGACGAGACAUUUGCGUGUUGUUGUCUUAUGCUUGUAUUGCUGUGGGUCCGGCUUUUGGUUGAAGUAGCAAGCUCAAUACGUGUACUCUGUACUCCGUAGACAAGUUACUUUUACUACUGUUAUGAUGGAAGCAAGAGUAGCGGGCUGAUAAUGAAAACAAAAGAAACAAUCAGAGAUUGGUUC